GCAACUUAUAAAUCCUUUCUUUUUCCCCACAUCAUUCUUUCACAUUGCUCAUUUCAUAAUUCACAUAUCCAUAUACCUCUUUUGUACACUUUUUUAAAUACAAUUAUAUAUAUAUUUCAAUUUUUUAGAAUAUUUCUAAAAAUUACCGUUGCAUCCAAGAUGCAAUACAGAGUGGGCUAUGCCGCCUGCAAACACUUUAACCAUUGGUACGGACGAGUCAACUGGGAGGCAGUAUCAGACGAGCUGCAAAUAUCCGUUAUCGACUGCCUCGAGUACUUCGACCCGCUCCAAGCCAAAAUAUUUCCACGCCGCUGCCCUGAAACCGAAGAGUGGCGCAUCGAGGACAUCACAGCAUUGAAAGCAUUUACCGAGGCCCAUUUCCGCCAAAAAAUGUCAAUUAACGACUGGGUGUUGGCGGGCAAGUACAUUAACAUCAUGCACUCCGAUUGUAUUGCCAAAAUGUGGGCGCUAAUCACCUUUGAAAUGACGCCGCAGCUGUAUGUCCAAAUAACCGAAUACCGCCGCGCAGGGUUGUUGUGGCCAACCAUCUGCCACAAGGCCAAGUGUGAGCGCACUAUGGAUAUUGUACGCGUUGUUUACGCCAACACCAACAAGGAGACCAUUGCCAGUCGAUCAAGGAAACGCAAGACACAGUUUACAAUAAGCAAGCACCAGCACUGGACAGCAGCCGAGGACACAAUGCUGAUAGAGUUGCUUGACAAGUAUAUCAGUGGUCGCGACAUCGACUGGAACUAUAUCAGCAAAACCAUUGGCCACAGCAAAAACGCUUGCAGGUAUCGUCGCAUCCUUUUGCGCCCGCGGCUCAAACAAAACAAAGGAAGUGCGGAGACGGAGGGCGGAAUUAGCGAUGCUUCGACGACCACACCAUUACAGAAGUCUAUUCUGGAAAGCACCAGCUAGUUCUGCUUUCCUUGUCGUUGUCCAUGCCACAUUAAAUUAUUUUUUAUUAUUCUAUUUUCAUUUUUCAAAUACAUAUUUUGCCU